CAGCGCGAGUCUGCGCAGUGCGCGGCUGAGGGGCCGGGCGGCGCGCGUGCGUGGGAACGUGCGACCCCCUUCUGUGUGGGUCGGGAAAUAUAACAUAAAAAUGGCCUCCAAAAGAGCCCUGGUCAUCCUGGCUAAAGGAGCAGAGGAAAUGGAGACAGUGAUCCCUGUGGAUGUCAUGAGACGAGGACCGUAUGAUGUGGUGGUCCUGCCAGGAGGGAAUCUGGGUGCACAGAAUUUAUCUGAGUCUGCUGCUGUGAAGGAGAUACUGAAGGAACAGGAAGAAAGGAAGGGGCUCAUAGCCGCCAUCUGCGCAGGUCCUACUGCUCUGUUGGCUCAUGAAAUAGGUUUUGGAAGUAAAGUUACAACACACCCACUUGCUAAAGACAAAAUGAUGAAUGGAAGUCAUUACAGCUACUCUGAGAGUCGCGUGGAAAAGGACGGCCUGAUCCUCACGAGUCGCGGCCCCGGGACCAGCUUCGAGUUUGCGCUCGCCAUCGUGGAGGCCCUGAGUGGCAAGGAGAUGGCAGAUCAAGUGAAGGCUCCACUUGUUCUUAAAGAUUAGAGCAGAAAAAAUUUGGCCCUCAGAGAAGUAGGCCACGUGUAGUCCAUUCUCAUUGUGUUCUCUAAAAAAAUUGGUAGGUUAACGUGCCCAGCAGCUGCCCUCGGUGCUGCGUUUGUGGAGUACAGUCGUGAAGUGACGGCUCCACCGAGAUCUCUCAGCCCACAAGUUGUGUCUGUACAUUUCUGAGCCUUGUUUGCACAAUAAACGGAA